GGUGGAAGUUCGUCACUUAAAGCGAGACGCACAAAUUUGCACACGUGUGUUCGGCAUUUUGGGCAGGCCUUCAAGCAUGGCCGCCGUAUACUCUGGAAUCCACCUGAAGCUGAAGAGCCCGCGAACCCCAUGGCCAGACAAGCUGAAGCUGGCACGCUUUGCCUGGAUCUCCCCACAGUGCUUCCUUCCUAACAAAGAACAGGUGCUGUUUGAUUGGACAAGCCAUGCUCUGACAGGCUAUUACAGCAAGAAGGUUGAGUUUCCACAGGAAGUGUUGGAGGGGUUGUGGACCUACCUGGAUGACAUUCUGCGAAGCAAGAAGCUGCAGAAUGCACUGAGUCACGGAAGAACCCUCAGCCUGCGUUUGCCCAUGGCGCAGGUGAUCAACGACAGGAUCCUGGAAGCUGCGUCUGGGACGUCCUCCGCCAGCAUCUCCACCGUUCUCAGCUGCUGCCAGGGCAUCCUGUCCUCGUCUGUGCUGUCUGUCACCUACACCACCAGGUACGAGCUGCUGGUAGAGUUGCUGGCCAGGCUCUGCUCCCUGGCCUGCUCCAGGCUGCAGCUCUGCGGGGAGCACCUGAGACCGCAGGAGUUCGAGGUUCUUCUCCUGGUGCUCGGCAGCUACCUGGUGGUCCAGCGUCAGCAGGCCAACCCUAACCGCGUCUUUGCGCAGGUGACCACUCACCUGCUCCAGCCGCUGCUACUGCUGAGGUACCUGCUGGGCGUCCGCGUGUGGGCGGCGGCGGACGACGCCCGCGUCCGGCAGCACCUGAGCAGGGACAUCCGCGGGAAGGUGGACGCUGUGCUGCAGUCCGCCCUCUUCCUGCCCGAGCACCUGCCGUCGUACAGGGAGGAGCUCCUCCCGGAAACGGACACUUCCGCGCCCAAGAGGAGCGCCACAAGCAAGGGUUUGCCCAGUCCUGUCAGCUCCAUCCUGAAGAGACUCUGUGACCCAGCGCUCUGUGACCCCUCCCUGCAUUUUGCAGUACGGUCACAUUCCGUCCCCAUGCUUUUCAAGUGUGCCCUGGAUGCCUUCUGCAAAGCUGGGGACAAUAAGAUGGUUUGCUUUCGUUUGCUGACGCGGUUAGUCACGGCUCUGGGCUUUACUGAGGAGCUGACUGUCACCAGUACAUUCGACUCUGCAAACUGGAGCUUGGCUUUGCUCGCUUUGGAAAACCUUUUAAAUUUCAGUCUGACAGCGGACAUUUACAAUGUGGCGGCAGACAGAAUACAGCACGGCGAGGCCCAGUUUAACUUAUACAGGAAGGUGGCCCAGCUGCUGUUCUACAAUCCGCAGUCCACUGUUCCAGCCUGGUACCGCUGCCUGAAGACCCUGCUGGCACUGAACCACCUGAUAGUGGAGCCAGACCUGGACGAGAUGGUCUCCUCUGCGUGGGUGGAUGCUGACUGUGCAGAGGUGCGGGUGAAGAAGGCCAGAGAGGCUCUGCUCUCCGCCGUCCUGCAGACUUACACCAAACUGCGGCAGCUGCCCCGGCUCUUCCAGGAGGUCCUGUCUGUUAUCUGCCGGCCGGCAGCUGACGACCUGAGGCUGCCGCUUCUGACAACUGGCCUACAGAGGAGCCUCACCAGGAGCCUCCUGGACAGCCCCCCCAGCCAGAGUGUGGAAAUAUGCAGCCUGAUCCUGGAGAGGGUGCAGACCUACCUGCUCCCGGACUUGGAGGGAAAGGACGACAUGGCCCUGAAGCUGUUCUCACUGAGCACGCUCCUUCACUCCAUCCUUUUCGGGGUGAAGAGCUUGGACAACAGCACCCCGGCGCCCGUGGUGAGGCAGAUGCAAAGCCUCAUGGGCAAAAUGCUGGAGCUCAUUAAGCUCCUGCUGCAGCUUCUAGGAGGGAAGGAGUCUGGUACCCUGUGGUUUGAGAGUGUCCACAAGGUGGCGCUGCUCCUCAGCUACAGCUGGGUGGAGGUGGACAUGCUGUUUCGGAUGCACUGUAGCAGGUACGCUGAGCAGAGCAGCAGCGUUACCGCAGCAGAGGGGUCCUGUCUGCUCCCAGGUGUGGUGCAGGACGAGUGGGACCAGGUGUUCUCUGUCCGCCCCAGCCCUGCCAGCCAGCUCCUGCAGCAGCUCCUCGCUCUGCAGAGAACGAAGCAGGUCCUCCUCGGCACCCACAUCUCUCCCGGGGCAAAUAUCCAGGACGUUCUCUGCCGAGAUGCUCGCUUCAUCGUGAGGGCAGGGAAGGCCUCGUUCAGUCAGCUGUCUGAUGAGCUGUGGGACCAACAGGUGACCAGUGUGGACGCCACCACCUACUCGGCGGCCCACUGGUUUGUCCUGACCUCCAAUCUGGGUCUGAUAGCUCCAUAUCUUGCGGAAGAGGACAUGUCCCACGUGGCCGAGGUUCUCCUGGACUCUCUGCUCCGCGAAGAUCCUCCAGAGAGUGCAGAGCAGCAAGGGGCUUGCCUUUCCGUCUCCCUCAUCUCAAAGAAUCUCCUAGAGAGUGCGAUACUUGUCGAGUUGCCUCCUCUGUACUCAGUCAUAGUCAGAUGUCUCUGUCGAAGGAUUUUGGGAAUUCUGAGCAGCACUGCGCAGGGCUCCCAGUGUCCAGCCCUGUUGAAGUUUGGUGAAGAGCUCCGAGCUGCAGGUGCAGAGGAAAAGGAAGCUUCUGCCAUGGAGACGAGUGGAGAAACUGAAGGCAUAUCUCCUGCGUGGAAGAGACUGGAGUCCGUUGCCCAGGAGAUCCUGUCCCCUUCAGAGGCCACUAAAUUAACUGGGACUCAGAUAGAGAGCCUUACGUGCUUGCUGAAAAUUGCCAGAGUGGUUAAUCCAGAUGCCAUGUCACCUGAGGACCACACAGAAUGCUUCCUGCUUCUGUUUUUCAUAGGAACCAACAUCUUACCUUACAGUGACACAGAUCCUUCUGAAGCUCUAGGACUGCUGAAAGAGGUCUACGGCCUCAUGACGUCUCUGCAGUCAGGAAGGAACGUAGGGUCCGUCCUGAAAGUCGUGCAUGGAAGCAGGCUUUUAGAAGCAGCCAUGUCUUCCCUUUUCACACAGAGCCACAGGCAUCUGUCUGUGGAUCCAGAUGCCUGGCUGGUGUUUGUGAAGGCUUUCCAAGACUUCAUCCAGUGCCUGAUCCAGGUGGUAAUCCAGAGAAGGAAGAGUGUCCGGCUCAACCUGGAGAAGAUCACUUCCUUCGCUGUGGGCAGUGGUACAUGUCCCGACACCCAGGGUCCUCCUGGAUCUGAGGAGCUGGCCUCUUUGCAGCUGCGGCUGGCCUGUCUGAGUGUGCUGUGCCAGGCCAUGACCUCCAGCUUGGGCCAAAGCAAGACGCUGGAUGAGACGCUGAUCCAGCUUCUGGCGAAGGUCACAGAGGCCAUGGGGCCUGCAGUGCAGCUCUACCUGAGGGGUCACACCUGUGGGCUGCACAGCCAGGCCUUCUCCGUGGAUGUUGUGAGAGUUAUGGUCCAAGCCGAGCUGGCCUGGGCAUCCUCCCCCACCCCCGAUGGGGGUGAGCGGAAGGACCUGCCCCAUAUGGGUCUCUACAGGAGCUUCACUCAGCAGGUUCUGAGGGAGCUGUGCUCUGCCCCCCGCCCCAUGGACUUCCUGCUGUCAUCCCUCCACUUCCUGUCCAUCUACUACGCUGCUGCAGAGAUGAUCAGUGAGCCUCACCUGGGUGACCUGUAUGUCUCAGCUGUGCAGAACCUCAGAACUCUGCUCUCAGCUCCAUGGCUGUCUCAGUCGGAGGUGCGGGAGCUGGAGGCCCCAGUGAGGGAGGUCCUGGCGCAGCUGGUGGUCCGGAGCAGCCUGGAGCGGUUCCACCUUCUCCUGGAGGCAGUGAGAGAGGGCCUCGGCGUGGCCUUGGUGUGGAGCGGCCGACACAAGGAUGUGCUGUCCACUCUGUUACUAAUCAAGAUGCUUGCCACCUGCCCUCUGCCUGAAACCUGUUCCAAAGCCUUCUGGUUCAUGGCACCUCAGAUCAUAUCUGCUGUUGUCUUUGUAGUAAAGGAGUGCAGUAAGGAGAAGCCGCUGACCGCUACCCUGGCAGUGCCCGCUCUGGAGGCCCUGACCAGCGUGCUGCGCCAGGGAGAGGGCCUGUUAACCAACCCGCAUCACGUGACCCUGGCGUUUGGGGCCCUGCAGUUCAUCCCACUAGAGCUCCCGUCUAUGGAGGAGUACCACUCUGCCUUCCAGGCCGUCCACGAGACCCUGUUCGCCAUCAUUCAGUGCCACCCGCAGGUGAUGCUGAAAGCUGCACCAUCCUUCUUGAAUUGCUUCUACCGACUGGUGGUGUCAGUUAUGCAUGAAGGCCGACAGAAGGGCGAGGGAGACUCUGCGGAGAGUGAGGUGGUGCUGAGCUGUUCUCGUCUGGUGGAGCGCAUGUACACGCACAUCGCUGCCACUGCCGAGAGCUUCACCGUCCUCUCCUCCUUCAUGGUGGCGCAGUAUGUAAGCGAGCUACAGAAGGUAACGCUGCACCCAGAAAUCAAGCGGCACCUGACGGAGGGAAUUUAUAAAAUCCUGGACCUGUGCAUGGAGCAGGAUGUGAAGUUCCUGAGCGCCACGCUUCCCCUGGGUGUCAGAGAGGUCUUUAACGAGCUCUACAGCAGCUACACACACUACCACAAAGCACAGAAGCAGGGAGAGGAAAAGUACUCGGCUUGAGCCCAUUAUCAGCAUUCUGCUAGCUCUGUCUCUGUAUGUAACUACAGUAAAAUAAGCACAUAAUCUAUUCUGAUGUGUAUUUAUGAUAGACAUCAAAGACCAAAAUAUGGAUCACAUUUUAAAUGUACAAGAGCUACGCUGAAUUCAAAAAGUUUACUGUUUCAUCCAGUAAUUCCCUGAGUGGACAGGGUAAAUCACAACUGCUUAUGUACUAUUGGACUGGCUCUUUGAAAUUAUAACCAAUGAUUA